UUCAUCGAGCUUUUUGCCGGCAUCGGCGGCUUCCGCGUGGCCCUCGCCGCCCUCGGCGGGCGCUGCGUAUUCGCUUCGGAGGUCGAUCCGUUUGCGCGUGGCUCAUACGCCGCCAACCACUGCGGCGAGCGACCCGCCGGCGACAUCACACAGAUCGACGCGUCCAGCGUCCCAGCGCACGACGUGCUCGCCGCUGGCUUCCCGUGCCAGCCCUUCUCCUUCUCGGGCAAGCGCGGCGGCCUCGGCGACCCGCGAGGAGCCCUCUUCCUCGAGAUCGUGCGUCUUGCGCGGGCGCACCAGCCAAAGGCCCUCCUCCUCGAGAAUGUGCGCGGUCUCGAGAGCCAUGACGGCGGCCGCACGCUCGCGAUAAUCCUGCGCGAGCUUGAGGGGUGCGGCUACUGCGCCCGUCACGCCGUGAUUGACGCAGUCGGCCUGCUACCGCAGCAGCGGGCGAGGGUCUUCAUCGUUGCGUUGCGCGCGGACGUGCGGCAGCAAUACGACUUUCCGCGGCUGCCGCGG